AUGACCUCGCCGGCGUCACCUGGCCCCCCCCAGUCGACCCUCGCCGGCGCUCCCCCAAAGGCCACCCCCAACAUGACCUCGCCGGCGUCACCUGGCCCCCCCAGUCGACCCCGCCGGCGCUCCCCCCCCCAGGCCACCCCCAACAUGACCUCGCCGGCGUCACCUGGCCCCCCCAGUCGACCUCGCCGGCGCUCCCCCCAGGCCACCCCCCCGACGUGA